GUGUAUGUCUGCCGCAGAGUUUUUAAGGAUCACCACUGCCGAACAAUUGCAACUGAACUAGCUGGAUUUUAAAUCACUAUUACAAUUUUUCAUACAUAAAUAAGGGACAAGUAAGAGAAAGGAUGGAAGCAAGCAACAGUGAAAUGGGAAAGAAAGCAGAAGAUAAAGCUCAUGCUCUAAAUAUAAAUAUGACACCGGACACUGAUGCAGAGCUCACAGGAGGGACUUCCCAUUCACCCUCCACACUCAUUGUCCAAGGUUCGUCUUACACUUCUACAGAGACCGGACAAGACAACCCGAGGGUCCCACCUGGCCCUAUCGCAGAUAAGGAAAAUGCUAUUAAGCCAACACUCCAGAUAACUUUUAACACAUUCACUGUCAAGAAUGGAGAAGAUCUGAAAGUAGAGAUCCCAGUGGUUGGGCACCCAGCGCCAAAGAUUGAAUGGAAAAGAAAUGGUCAGGCAGUUAAAGAGACAUCAAGGCUAGAGGUUUCAGCUACACCCUCAUUAACAGUUCUUCAUAUCAGACAUGCUGCCAGGGAGCACUCUGGCAAAUACUCAAUCACAGCAAGCAAUUGUGCAGGGAAAGUUACAGGAGAAAUCAGUGUGGUUGUUCUUGAAAAGCCGGACCCACCCACAGGGCCUGUGAGGAUUGAUGAGGUCAGUUCUGACUAUGUUACCAUCUCCUGGGAGCCACCCGAAUACAUGGGAGGCUGUCAGCUAGACAACUACAUAGUGGAGAAACGUGAAAUUACAAGUACAGAGUGGCAGACUGUGUCAGCAACGACAGUAAGAACUACAGUCAAAGUCACUAAGCUGAAGACAGGAAGUGAAUACCAGUUCAGAGUGUUUGCAGAAAAUCGGUACGGAAAGAGUACUGCAGUCACCUCUCCUAUUGUAAUUGCACAAUAUCCAUUCAGUGUCCCCGCUCCUCCUGGCCCCCCAUUUGUAUCCACGGUUACAAAGUACAGUAUGGUUGUUGAAUGGGAGCCUCCAGCCAAAGAUGGAGGCAGCCCCAUCGUCGGCUAUCACCUUGAACGCAAAGAGAAGAACAGCAUUUUAUGGACCAAGCUGAACAAGCUUGUUCUACCUGAUGCUCGCUUCAAAACAAGUGGAUUGGAGGAAGGCAUUGAGUAUGAAUUCAGAGUAUUUGCUGAGAAUAUUGCUGGACUCAGUUCAUCUAGCAAGAUAUCUGAAUGUUAUGUGGCAAGAGACCCCUGUGAUCCUCCUGGUAAGCCUGAAGCUGUUGUUAUUACUAGAGAGAACAUCACACUUCAGUGGGCAAAACCUAGGUAUGAUGGGGGAAGCACCAUUACAGGCUAUGUUGUUGAAAAGAAGGAGCUCCCGGCUGGCAGAUGGAUGAAGGCAAACUUCAACAAUGUUAUUGAGAAUCAGUUCACAGUCACAGGUCUGACAGGAGGCCACAGUUAUGAGUUUAGAGUUACUGCCAAGAAUGGUGCCGGUGUUUGGAGCACACCUUCAGAAAGUGUAACCAUCAUCGCUCAGGAUGUUAUUGAAGGACCCACAGCAUUCAUUGAUCCUAAGUUUAAGAGUACUAUUGUUGUUCAGGCUGGUGGGACAUUCGUUAUUGAUGCUGAUUACUUUGGGAAGCCCCUUCCUGAAGUAGUUUGGCUCAAAGACGGAAAAGAAAUUGACAAAGCCACACCGAGAAUGGAGGUCAGAAACACCCUCACUCACACAACUCUGACUGUCAGGGACUGUACACGAGUGGAUGGGGGCCACUUUGUAUUGAGCUUGAGUAACAUUGGUGGAACUACAUCUAUGCCAGUUAAUGUGAAGGUCCUGGAUAGGCCUGGUCCUCCUGAUGGACAUCUGAAGGUGAAAGUUGUCAGUGCAGAAAAGUGUAAUCUUCACUGGAACCCCCCUUUAAAUGAUGGCGGUGCCUGUGUUUCCCACUACAUAAUUGAAAAAAGGGAGACCAGCCGUGUUACAUGGACAGGGGUUGAAACUCAUGUUGAAGCUGUCAGUUACAAAGUGACAAAACUGAUGCCUGGCAAAGAAUAUAUAUUCAGAAUCGCUGCAGUGAAUAAAUUUGGUGUUGGUGAAUUUUUGGAAUCAGACCCAUUCAUUGCACAAAACCCUUUUACAACACCUAGUGCACCUUCUACCCCUAAAGCCAGCGCUGUGACGGGUGACUCUAUAGUGCUAACAUGGGAAAGGCCAGAGAAUGAUGGAGGCUCAGACAUUGAUGGCUACAUCCUGGAGAAACGUGACAAAGAAGGUGUCAGGUGGACUAAAUGCAACAAGCGAAGACUUAAUGAUUUGCGUUUCCGAUGCCCAGGGCUCACUGAGGGACAUUACUAUCAGUUUAGAGUACUGGCAGAGAAUGCUGCUGGUGUGGGUGCACCCAGUGAGCCAAGUGACUUUAUAAAAGUCUGUGAAGCUAUAUACCCACCUGGCCCCCCAACCAAUCCUAAAGUGACAGACUACUCCAGCAGUACUGUGUCUCUGACCUGGUCAAAGCCCAUCUAUGACGGCGGAGCAGCCAUCAGUGGAUUUGUAGUUGAGAUGAAAGAAACAGUAGAGGAUGAGUGGAUUACAUGCACACCGGGCACAGGUGUAGCAGAAACAAACUUCACUGUGAAGAGAUUGAGAGAAAAUACAGACUACAAUUUUCGUAUACGUGCAAUGAAUGCUGCUGGAGUUGGAGAGCAUGUGGAUCUACCUGGCUCCAUGAAAGCAGCUGAAAAAUUGGAGGCACCUGAGAUUGAGUUGGACGCUGCCUUGAGGAAGAUCGUGACCGUUCGAGCCUGUUCUGCAUUACGUCUCUUUGUCACCAUUAAAGGAAGGCCAGAGCCUGAGAUUAAAUGGUCAAAGGAAGGUGGUAUUCUCAGUGAGCAUGCUCAAAUUGAGGUAACAAGCUCCUACACAGUGCUAUUGAUUGAGAACGUGAAUAGAAAUGACACAGGAAAGUAUGUGUUGACUGCUGAGAACUACAGUGGGUCUAAAUCAGCAUUCAUCAGUGUGAGAGUACUGGACUCUCCUAGUGCACCAACAAACCUAGAGGUGAAGGAUGUGAAGAGAGACUCAGUGUCCAUCUCCUGGGAGGCACCUCUCAUUGAUGGAGGAGCAAAGAUUUCACACUACAUCAUAGAGAAGAGAGAGGAGGGUAGAAAGGCAUUCACAAGUGUCUGUAGCAGCUGUGUGAGAAACUCAUACAAGAUUGACAAUCUCCAGGAAGGACACUUUUAUUAUUUCCGUGUCCUGGCUGUGAACGAGUUUGGGGCUGGACUUCCAGCAGAGACUGCUGAGGCCAUUAAAGUGUCUGAGGCUCCUCUGCCUCCUGGCAAAAUCACAGUCAGUGAUGUCACUUGCAAUAGUGUGAGACUCUCUUGGGAGAAGCCUGACCACGAUGGAGGAAGCAAAAUCACAUGUUAUAUUGUAGAAAUGCAAGCUAAUGGAGAUGACACAUGGGUUAUAUGUUCAGAGAAUAAAGCACUGGAAGUCACUAUUAAUGGACUGACAAUUAGAAAGGAGUACUUCUUUAGAGUGAGAGCUGUGAAUGAAAAGGGAAAGAGUGAACCAAAGUCUGUGUUGGCACCUGUUACCGUAAAGGAUAACAGUGCUGAGCCCAUUAUUAAUUUGCUGUCCAACACAUUCAGUGUGAAGGCAGGGAACGAUUUAAAGAUUGAUGUUCCAUUCAAGGGUGAACCACCACCAACAGUAGCCUGGAAAAAAGAUGGCAACAUGCUGAAGGAGACAAGCAGGGUAAAUGUGCACACAUCUGACAUAUCAUCUCAGAUCAUUAUCAAAGAUGCAACCAGGAUAGACGUCGGUGUGUAUGAGGUCACUCUGACCAACUCUGUAGGAAGCACAUCUGCUGAGAUUUUUGUUAAUGUUUUUGAAAGACCUGGACCACCAAGUGACCUCAGAGUGGAUGAAGUGAGCGCUGACUUUGUGUCUUUGUCAUGGCAGCCCCCACAUUAUACUGGCGGAUCUCAAAUCAGUAAUUAUGUUGUUAAGAAGAGAGACACAGAUAGCACAAUAUGGCAGACUGUGUCAGCUACAGUUGCAAGAACAUCAAUCAAAAUUUCCCGUCUGACACAGGGUACUGAAUAUCAGUUUUGUAUUGCUGCAGAGAACCGCUAUGGCAAGAGCCAAUUUGCUGAAACUGAACCUGUUGUUGCCCAGUAUCCUUUCAAGCCCCCUGGUCAACCAACUAACCUCCAUGUUGUUCAGGCCUCAAAAUCUGUAAUGGUCAUUGCUUGGAGUAAACCGGAGAGUGAUGGUGGCAGCACUAUCAUCGGAUAUCAUAUUGAGUGCAAAGAUCAAAGCAGUAUUCUGUGGACAAAGUUAAAUAAAAGCUUGGUGACUGAGGACCAGUUCAAGGUAACAAGUGUUGAAGAGGGCCUAGUAUAUGAGUUCCGGGUCUGUGCUGAGAAUAUGGCAGGUGUUGGACCCUGCAGUAGGGCAUCUGAUCCUGUAGCAGCAAGAGACCAGUGUGAUCCCCCGCGCAACCUAAUAGUCACCAAUAUAACUAACAGCUCAGUUUCCAUCUCAUGGGAUAAACCAGAGUAUGAUGGUGGAGCUAAAAUAACUGGUUACAUUGUUGAGCGUAAAGAGCUGCCAGGUAGUUGUUGGCUUAAGUGCAACUUCACCAACUUACUGGACACCUUCUUAGAAGUGACUGGCCUCACUGAGGGUGAACAGUAUGAUUUUCGUGUGAUUGCAAAGAAUUCAGCUGAACUCUUCAGUGCACCAUCUGAAUCCACAGGACCUGUUACUGUACGGCAUGAUGUAGAGCCACCCACAAUUACCUUGGAGGACAAACUCAAACAGGUGGUGAUUGUCAAAGCAGGAGACCUCCUAAGAAUAGAUGCUGACAUCUCUGGUCGCCCCAACCCUACAGUUUUUUGGUUGAAGAAUGGUAGAAAUAUUGGCACCAAGGGAAGGAUUGAGAUAACUGCAACAAAUACGCAUACCUCUCUACUUAUCAGAGAAAGUGUUAGGAAAGACUCUGGACAGUAUACUCUGACCCUACAGAACACAGGUGGCACCACGUCUAAAGCUAUCACUUGCAAGGUCCUGGACAGGCCCGGCUCACCUGCUGGACCUUUGGAAGUGUCUGGACUCUCAGCAGAGAAAUGCACCUUGUCAUGGGGACCCCCUCACGAGACUGGUGGUGCUGAGAUCAUGCACUACAUUGUUGAGAAGUGUGAAACCAGCCGUGUAGCCUGGACUCUUGUGUACGGUAACAUGAUGGCAACUACUUGUAAGAUAACCAAGCUGCUCAAAGGAAAUGAAUACCUGUUUAGAGUGAGGGCAGUGAACAAAUAUGGGGAGGGUGAGACUUUGGAAAGUGAGCCCAUCAGGGCCAUGGAUCCCUUUACUACUGCAUCUUCUCCGACAGAUGUUGAGGUCACAAGUGCAACCAGCGAGGCCAUGACUAUCUGCUGGAAGAGACCUGCCUCAGAUGGUGGUAGCCGUAUCAGUGGUUACAUCAUUGAGAAAAGGGAAAAGCAGGGUGUUCGCUGGGUGAGAGUCAAUAAAAAGCCAGUCUAUGACCUGAGAGUCAAAGCCUCUGGUCUGCACGAGGGAUGUGAGUAUGAAUUCAGAGUCUUUGCUGAGAACGCCGCAGGGCUAAGUGAACCCAGUCUUCCGUGCCCACUCACCCUGGCAGAGGAUCCAAAGUUUCUACCUUCCCCUCCAGCAAAGCCCACCAUAGUUGAUUCAUCCAGGUCUUCAAUCGCUCUGUCAUGGAACAAGCCAUUGUUUGACGGUGGAGCAACAGUUACAGGGUAUAAAGUUGAAUUCAGAAAAUUAACAGAAGAAGAGUGGACUGUUGGUGUUCAUAAUACCGAUAAAACAGAGUAUACAGUAACUGGACUCACAUCGGGGACAGAAUAUUUAUUUACUGUCAGAUCCAUAAAUAAGAUUGGCAUCAGUGAGCCUAGUCCUGAAACAGAUCCUCAAGUAGCCACUGAUAGAGAGGAGGAGCCCAGAUUUGAUAUUAGCACUGAGAUGAGGAAAACCCUACUUGUUAAAAAUGACAGCUCCUUCACUUUGACUGUGCCUUUCACAGGCAAACCUGUUCCCAGUGUGUCAUGGGACAAAGCAGAUGUAGAUCUGAGAGUCAGAGGACUCAUCAACACCACCAGCUCCUUUACCUCUAUCACAGUGGAACGGGCAACACGUGACGACUCUGGCAAAUACACAGUCAAACUGCAAAAUGUUGCUGGAUCUGCCUCCUUGACCCUGAAUGUGAGGGUUUUGGAUUCCCCGGGUCCACCAACUCAUAUAACAGUUAAAGAUGUGACAAAGAACUCUUCCACAGUUACAUGGGACAUCCCUGAGAAUGAGGGAGGAGCUCCUGUCAAGAACUACCUUGUGGACAUACGGGAAAUCAGCAGAAAAGGGUGGACAAGACUCACAGACAAAUGCCGCCGACUGUCCUAUAAGGUAUCUGACCUGGAGGAGGGAGGAAUCUACUUUUUCAGAGUCACUGGGGAAAAUGAGUACGGGAUUGGUGUUCCAGCUGAGACCAAGGAGGGAACGAGAAUGACAGAUACAACAGAUUGGGAGACAAAUCCAGGAGCUUAGUUUGUCUCUAUCCCGGUGCUGAGUUUUUCUUCUCCUGAUUUCCCUAUCAAGAUCCUCAUCUAUUUCUCCUUUACAGUACAUUCAUUUUGGUAGAGUAGUUAGUAGUUAUGAACAUUUUAAGGAUUGUGUUCAAUUCCCCAAAUAUCUGUUCAGUUAGGGAAUUCUCUGUGAAUUUAUACAUUACCAAAAGCUUCUGUUUUGUAAGUUUUGUCUAUUUUGUUUUUUGUAGUCAUAUAUUAUAUGUAAUAUUAAUGCCUAGAAUUUUAUUUACAUAAGAACUGACAUACGGAUUUUGAUUGUUUCUGCCAUAUUUGUAGUAAAACUACAAUAAAAAUUAGGAUGAUUUGAAAAGUUAUUAGGUUUGCU